GGGAUCAGCCGGUUGAUUUACAGAGUUUUCCAAAGAAUAUACGGUGUGUGUGCGGUGGUGGAGUCCCGUCCCGUCAGUCGGGCUUCCCCCGGUGUCUUGUUUCGUUAGGCUGCCCCUCCGCGGCCGGUGCCGACGCGAUCGAUCCCCCUUCCGCCUCGCCUUCUUUCUUGGAUCCGAAUUCAGAUAAAGCUCUCCCUGCUGCCUCAAAACUGAAAAUAAUAGAUAGAGCAGCCGACCUGGAGAGAGAGAAAGAAAGAGAAUCGCUCCGCCUGAUCUGUGCUCUCGAGCCUGGCGUCGUCGCACCGUACCAUGGGGCUGCCGGCACUCAAUCGGCUCAUGUCUAUGCAGCGCGAUCGGCGUCGCCGGCCAACUCAAGGCCGCAAUGGACUGGUGACUUCAUCCCUGGCUAAAAGGAAGGACUCACCCUGCAUACAUGAUGAAAAUUCUCGACUUGAUAAAAAAUCGAGAUAUUCAGGACCACCCCUUCUAGAGGACAUUUGGCAUCAUAUACAUUCUCUGCUUCCUCUGCGAGAUGCUGCACGUGUUGCCUGCGUGUCUCAUUCAUUUAGAAGUUCUUGGAGUUGUUUUCCCAAUCUCAGCUUAACUAGGGAAACACUGGGUUUGGAUAACGGGGUGGAUGGAUUGUCAUGUCCAUGUGAAGUAGCGAUGGAUCUUGCAAGGAAAACCGACCAUAUUCUAAAAAACCACUCAGGCAUUGGCGUUAAGGCACUCAAGCUUGAAAUAUGUGAUUUCCCCUUUUUCAACACCUCCUGUGAUCUCGAUCGUUGGCUUCAUAUUGCUGUCAAACCAGGGAUUGAGGAACUUAACCUCCGGCUUAUUGAAUCUCGUGCAUCUCUUUGUCGAGAAAAAUCUCAUGCGGCUCUUUGUCGAAAGAUAUCUCAAAAAUCACAUGCAACUGUGUACAACUUUCCAUGCUCACUUUUAGAUGGGAGUGGCAAGUCGAUCCAGCAGCUUUAUCUCAACAACUGUGCCCUCCGUCCCACGGUUGCACUUGGCCGCUUAAGAAGCCUGACUAGUCUAAAUUUUUUUUUUGUGCGUAUUACAGAAAAUGAGUUAAGGUGCCUUUUUUCCAGUUCAAUUGCUUUGGAGAAACUGACACUCAGGUCCUGCGAUGAAUUAUUUUUCCUGGAGAUACCUAGCCUGUUGCAGCGGCUUAGCCACCUGGUUGUUGAGGAGUGUACAAAUCUGGAAGUGAUAAAGAGCAAAGCCCCUCAUCUGUACAGUUUUGGAUAUCGUGGUACCCUAGUACGACUAUCUCUUGGUGAUUCAUUGCAAAACCUAUACAUUGAUGCUUCAGAUCAGGACGUUGUUCAUCAUGCUUGUGCCGAUCUUCUGCACGUGGUGCCAAAUCUUGAAGCUCUUGAAAUAUCUUCAUAUUAUCCGAUGGAUACACUGGUGGUACCUGGCAAAUUUCUCCACCUCCAACGACUAUGUAUUGGGUUUUUUACCCCAGACUAUGACUAUUUGUCUCUGGUUUCUUUACUCGAUGCGUGUCCUUCCUUGGAGACUUUUGUAUUGUCCGUAGAGCCAGAUCGCGUGAGGAAAGAAUCAGUUUUAGGAAAUUCUUCUCAUAAUCUAAUCCAGAUGCCAGGCCACAUGCAUAGGAACAUAAAGGAUGUGCAUAUCAUUGGCUUCUGUUAUGCAAACAGCAUGGUUGAGCUAACAUGCCAUAUACUUGAGAAUGUGAAGUCGCUUGAGUACCUUACACUGAGCAUCUCUGGGGAUGAUGAAAUUUUGUGUUCUAAAAGUGAAAAUGGUAUAUGCCUUCGAAUGAACAAGUAUAUGAGGAUGGAAGCCCGCAAAGCACUCUUGGCCGUGGAAAGACACAUUUUGGGGAAAGUUCCAUCUACCGUAGAGUUAGAAGUUGUGAAGCCUUGCAGCCGGUGCAAUACUCUUUAAAAUUUAGGCCAGGAAUAAGGUGCUCUUCCCGUCUUUUAACCCAGGUGCAUGUUUUGCCAUUGUAAUUUCUCUUUCUUGCACCUUGUGUGUGCGUGCGCGCGUGAUUCUACACGGCCAGAAUAAGUGGUAUUUGCAUCAUUUCUUUUGUUCUUGUUCUGAUCGAUUAGGCUUGUAUUUUAAGUGGGCUGUACCUAUUGCACUAGUUGACUAGUGAUUAUAGUUGGGUACAAAAGCUGUGAGGUAUCAUGGUCAAACAAAAAGGAAAAUAUUU